GGUGCGGGUACCCCCAGAGGCUGAGGGAGAGGGGGUGCCGGUCCGCCGGACCACGGGCAACGGCACCACCAUGGCCAUCGCCGCGGUCACCGGGGAGGAGACCCGGCUCUGCGGGAACUGCACAAAGGAGAUCCCUGUCGCUAAUUUCAUCAUGCACGAAAUCCACUGUAGCAGAAAUAUCGAAGUGUGUCGCUACUGCAGUGAGUCAAUCCCAAAGUCUGAAAUGAAGAACCAUAUGGAAUCUGAACAUGAGCAGGUUACCUGCAAGUGUGGGAUGAAGAUAGAAAAAAGUCUCUUGAAGGAUCAUGAGGCGUCGGCCUGCCCUCUGCGCCCUGCCCUCUGCCAGUACUGUGACAUACAGCUGGCUUUCGACAAGCUCCAGGACCACGAGAUCUACUGCGGAGCCAGGACUGAGAGGUGCGGCGGGUGCGGUCGGAACGUCAUGGUGAAAGAUCUGAAAGAGCAUCCUCGAGUCUGCGGGCAAGAGGGGAAACAAGUGAGAGGGAGCAGGAGGGCGCCUCGCUACCAGGAUGAGGAUGCAGGUCUGCGCGCCCUUCGAGACAUUAGAAACAGACUGAGAUCAGAGGAUGAACUGGAGCAGCUGGAGAGGAAUGAAAACGCUCGUUCUGCGCUUUAUGAAGAGUGGAACCCCGACUUAGACUACGUGUUGGCUCUCAGCCUACAAAAUGAGAAUUAUCCUCACAAUAACACCGCAGCUGAAAUUCCCAGGGACUUCUGGGAGAACUACUACACCAAAGAAUCCAUGCCAUCGGCCUGUCUGAACGAACCAGACAAGUCAAACAUCUUCUCCUGUGACUCUUUAGUGUCUUUUAGCACAGCAAACCACAUAAAAAACGACGAGAUCAUCAUGUUGCCGUGCGAAUUUUGUGAGGAGCUGUACCCUGCUGAAGAUCUGAUUCUUCACCAGACAGGUUGUAACCCAGCAAGUGCCUUUGCCUCGUUCAGUAAAAGAAGUUCUUCUCCAAAUCCACGAGAAUAUGAAGGUCUACGUGCUGUUGGGUCCAAGGGCUGGAGGUCUCUCUCUUCAUCCCAGCCCCAAGCUGUCCAGGCAGAAGGAGACAUUAUGAUCCCAUGUGAAUUUUGUGGCAUCCAGCUCGAAGAGGAGACUCUCUUUCAUCAUCAGCACCACUGCGACCUGCGCCCAGCCAGCCCCGCAGGCAGCUUCCCACCCCGGCACCCACCAGCUCCUCAAGCCAACAGGGAGAGAAGAGACUCGCCCGAGCUGGCACGGAGGAGAAUCAGGCAUCAAGGAGAUGUUUCUCCUCGGUGCAUAGAAGGCUUUGGGCAGCAGAGGCUCAGCUGUCCUGCAGGAGGGACCAAGUUACUCAAUAAUAUGGCAAACAUCAGGAAUGCACCAUUGUCCUCUUCAGCCAGAGCCAGUGACGCUUCCGAGGCCAGAGGGAAGCCCAGGAAGGUGACUGGUGACGAGGGCAGACCAAAGAACAGAGGUGCAAGAGAAGCUGCAGGUGGGACAACGCCACGUGUGAGACCUACUCAGAACUUCCGUUCAGAAGCCUUCACAUCCAGCUUCUCCAGAACUUCUCCAGCCCAGUCAAGCACCAGCAGCGCAGGAGGAAGGAGCCCGGGGGUGUCGGAGGGUCCCGUUGGCUUCAGGCACAGGAGCACAAAGGCCAAAUCCCAGGGCCCAGCGUCCGAUCACCCGGGGGAGAAGUGACCCACCACUUAGAGAAAACACACUGAGCACCCUGCGUACUAUUGCUGUGCACUCCAGUGCUUCUUAUCCGAGUGCAAGUAAAAUUCCUGUAUCUCUGUGUCAUUGAAGACUUUCUAUGAAUUUACAUUUUUAUAGGCAGUGAUCAUUCUCUCUCUCUCUCUAUAUAUAUAUAUCUGUAUUUUUAAUGUGAGAGUGUACUACAGGUUUUUACUUGUGUCAUCUCCACAAGUGAUGUCCCGGGGCAGCAGAUACACCUCUGGUUGUUUCUGCACCAGCUCUCUGUGACACCCGGUGACAGUGCUGACGUACAUGCUGUGUCCCACCGGGGGCUGGGGGGUGUCUGUGCCUCCAGCUCCUUGUCCCGGCUGUUCCCGGGGCGCCCAGGACACGGACGGGGGGAUUAUCGUUGUCAGUGGAUAAGCCCUGAGCCUGUAGCUGGUUAAAUGCUUUUUAAUGCUGUAUUAGUCCAGGCUUUUUAAAUUCCUUGUAAUAAAAUUUAUCUAAUGAUGUCCCAAA